AUAAUAAACCAUUAGCCCCUCUGGUUGCUAUCAAGCCAGCACCGAGACCAUGGGACAGAAUACACUCCGACAUAUGCGGACCAUACGCAAAUAUAGGUGGAGCCAGUCGUUAUUAUGUUAUAACGGCGAAAGAUAGCUGUUCCGGGUAUGUUGUCGUUAGACCAUGCCUGAACACGCCAACGUCGAUUGACGUGCGAGAUUUCUUGCAAUCAAUCUUCGACACGUUCCACCGUCGACCGCUUAUGGUUCACACAGAUAAUGGAUCGCAGUUUAAAGCUAAAGAAAUAGAGAUAUUCCUCGACAGGCUCAAUAUAAAUCAUAUUUUGACACCCAUAAAUUCUAGUUUCACAAAUGGAAAAAUAGAAAGAUGGCAUAGAUAUUUAAACGAAUAUUUAAGGUCGCAUAUAGAUACUGGCAAAGCCUCGACAGCAACAUUUUUCAAUAUAGUAAAGAAAGCAGCCAUUAAAUAUAACAUUACCCCCAAUAGAACUGGAGAAAGUCCACACGACAAAGU